CCCAUGCCCAUUAGCAUUGUUUGUCUUCUCUCAGGACUCUCUGUGUAUCGUGCUCCUUGUCUCAGCGCAAGGCUGAUGUCGGCAGAGUCGAAGAAACAGGACGCCCCGGACAGCUAUGAGACCCUGAAGGUCGAACGGGUGCGAGAGAAGGUGCUGCAUGUGGAACUCAACCGGCCGGAGAAAAGGAACGCCAUGAAUGCUGCCUUCUGGAGGGAGAUGGUAGAGUGCUUCAACAAGAUUGCUCAGGACUCAGAAUGUCGUGCCGUGGUUAUAUCUGGCGCUGGGAAAAUGUUCAGUUCAGGCAUUGAUCUGAUGGAAAUGGGCAGCGUGUUCAUGAUGAUGGAAGGAGACGACACGGCCCGGAAAUCCUGGAAUAUCCGCAAGAAGAUCCGGGACUAUCAGGAGACCUUCACUGUGCUGGAGAAAUGCCCGAAACCUGUAAUUGCUGCUGUCCAUGGGGCCUGCAUUGGAGGAGGUGUGAACCUCGUCUCAGCCUGUGACAUCCGCUACUGUACUCAGGAUGCUUGGUUCCAGGUGAAGGAGGUGGACAUAGGGCUCGCAGCUGACGUCGGUGUCUUACAGCGCUUGCCACUUGCCAUUGGCAGCCGGAGCCUUGUGAAUGAGUUGGCUUUCACAGCCCGGAAGCUGAUGGCUCCAGAAGCAGAGAGCUGCGGCCUUGUCAGCCGUGUAUUCCAAGAGAAGGAAGCCAUGAUGCAAGCUGCCUUCGACCUGGCUGUUGAGAUCGCCUCCAAGAGCCCAGUGGCUGUGCAAGGCACCAAGAUCAACCUCCUCUAUUCCAGGGACCACCCAGUGUCUGAGGCCCUCAAAUACAUGGCUACUUGGAACAUGAGCAUGCUGCAGACGGAGGAUAUCCUCAAGUCCGCUCAAGCUGUCAUGGAGAAGAAAACUCCCAAGGAGAUUGUAUACUCCAAAUUGUAGUGGCUCCAUCAUCCUAGAGGAGGACAGCCAGCCCUGGUGGAGAGCAACUGGAUCGGCCUUCUGCCUUGUGCAUAGACUGGACUCCUGGCCCUUGCAAGAGAAGGGGCCUCAAGUGCCUUUUAACAGCUGUGCACAACAGUGAACAGCUGGACUCUGCCUGUGUGGGAGAGGGGGCUUUAGGAAUGGAGGGGAGGGGAGGCCUGGAACAGCUUCCUUCCUUCCUCCCUGCCUCCCUCCCUCCCUCCCUCCCAUCCAAAUGAGACCAUGGGAAUGGAUGAGAAAUAAAUGUGGUUGGUGCUCUGGGAGAGGGAAAUAUUAUUUUCACAGAGGUUCAACACUGGCCAAGGAAAUCAGAGUUCUCCUUCCUUGGGUCUGCAGUCCUGUGUAUGGUUUACCUGAGAAUAAAUCUCACUAAACACA